GUGAGGCUGGCCGCUCGGAGCGCGUGAAUAUUCAUGCGCCGUGAGGUAGAGACCGAGGCGCAACCGUAGAUGCCGUUGCCGCCUAGGACAGUGCGGGUAAAUAGGAAUUUGUGAGGGAAUAUGCAUGAGCAAGGCGUGGUAGUUUUUAUCCAGACACUCCCGGAGGCGGAGCAGUAGUGAGGAGUUUAGCUACAGCCACGGCGAAGCUUGAUCCCAUGCUCGAGUGACAUUUAUGGAACACGCAUAACCGCUAGUCACUCAUACAGUGGCCAGGGGCCUUCAUCCAAGAUCCCUUAUCGUGUUCCCCGCAUUCCUCCCCACUAGGUCUAUACACACGCGUAUCCCUCACAGAACCGUGAAAAUCACCGCAACCGCCCAAAAUGUCAACGACAAUAGACCUCUACCAUCCCUCUCACGAUGAGCAAAUCAGCGUACUCUUCUGCUGUUUGGGGAACAUCUGCCGCUCCCCCAUGGCCGAAGCCGCAUUCCGCGACACCGUCGAAAAGCUAGGAUACGCAGACCGCUUCUCACGUAUCGACAGCUGCGGCACGGCCGGAUACCACGUUGGCGCCGAGCCGGAUCACCGCACGAUUGAGAUGCUUCGGAAAAAUGGGAUUACUACGGACCAUUGUGCGCGGCAGGUCGCUCAGAAGGAUUUUAAGAACUUUGAUUAUAUCCUCGCUAUGGAUACGUCGAAUUUAAGUAAUCUCAAGCGGAUUGAGCCCAAGAGUGGGAAGGCGAAGGUCAUGCUGUUUGGAUACUUCGACGGAAACAAAAGGAAGGAAAUCGUUGAGGAUCCGUAUUACGGUGGAAACUCGGGGUUCACAGAGAACUUUGCUCAGGUGGUGAGGUUUUCGAAGAACUUUGUGAGGGAGGUGUUGCAGGUUGAAAUACCAGAAUAACAGAUGAGGGGGUCGUAUUGGAUGGCAGUGGCAGCGAUGAUUCCCUUUCUGUAAUGUAUCACACCGGCUAGAGUGGAUUCUAU